GUGUUUCGCAUAUAAACAUGCCGAUUUUACAGUAUCCUCGACAAAGUCAUCCGCUAUCUGUAGUAAUAAUUCUUCAACUUCUUCAUCUAACUGCUCCGUUGGAUCAACUUCUCGAACUAACUCUUGCAGACGAGGACGGGUCCAAAGAAAAACAUUUUAGUAUAUCAUAACGAAAUAAAGGUCUUCCUACGUUGUCACAAGCAAUCCACAAUAUGCAAAGAACUAUUUUUUUCUUAACGUUUGUCAUUUGUUACGCACUGGCUAUAGCAGCUGCUGAAGAAAGUUUACGAUUUGAAGAAUUAAACAUUGUUGAUAGUGCUGAGGCUAUUCAAACAUAUUCCUGCUGUAACAUACUACGAUAUGUGCAAGAUUGCAAAAACCAAUUGAUAUGUCAAUUAUGCUCAUUUCUAAAUGAUAUUGCUCAAUCAUUAACGAAUUCAGUGCAAAAUUAUUUGCCGAAUUAUUUAUUCUAUUGUAUAUCUAGCUUCUUGUAUGAGAUAUCCUACCAAGUUUGUAAUUUAGUUCCAUAUUAUUAUUGUUAUUAUGGGCCGUGGUAUUAUGCGCAAGCAGCAAGUCCUGUGGUGGAAGCAGACGGUCAUAUGGCGCUAUCAUCGCCACCAAUAUCGCCAGCCAGAAGAUAAAAUAAUUGAAGAAAUUAUACAUUCAUACACACAACAAUAAUAUUUAAAUGACAAAAAAGAUUUCUAAAAAAUUACAUGUCUUAGAGAAAAAAAAUCAGUUGUUUUAAUAAAAAUUUUUAAUCAGA